AUGGCAGAUCAGUCGACCUCUACGAAAUCGACCGGAAUCGAUCCGUUCAACCAACAAAUCACCAUAGUCACCGAGCACGGAGAGAGCGUUGAGCUCUUUAUGUCGGACAUCCACAACCUUACGCAGUAUGCCAUCAAGGUCUGCAUCAACUAUGCAAGUCAACUCGGAGCCUCCUUUGUCUUCCUUCUUCUCCUUUUGGUUCUCACCAAGCGCGAGAAACGCCGUUCUCCAAUCUUCGUCUUCAACAUUCUGGCUCUAGCGGUGAACGUUGUCCGCUCGGUCCUCCAGUGUCUCUACUAUACCAGUCCUUGGUACCACCCAUACGCCGUCUUUGCGAACGACUACUCUAGAGUUACACGCGGUGACUAUGCCACUUCUGCCACCACCGUUAUUCUUCAGCUUGUUCUUUGCAUCUGCAUCGAAAUAUCUCUCGUAAUGCAGGUGCACGUAGUCUGUAUCACCAUGGAACGAACUCGUCGGUCCGCGGUCAUGAUCCUCUCUUCGUUGGUCGCGUUGACCACAAUUGGGUUGCGAUUCGCCCUAACCGUUGUCAACGUGCAAUACAUUCUGCGCGACGAGGGCAUGGCCUUUCAGCAGAGGAUUUCAAGUGCUGCGAACAUCAGCACGUCUGUCAGCAUUUGGUUCUUCUCGAUUAUUUUCUGCGCCAAGCUUGCAUUUGCAAUCAGGAACCGCCGCAGGCUCGGUCUCAUCCAGUUUGGGCCCAUGCAAAUUAUCUUCGUCAUGGGAUGCCAAACUCUAAUCGUACCAUCAAUCUUUUCCGCUCUGCAGUAUGGCACAACCACGCCCUACCUCGGUUCGCAGGUACCCACCGUAGUUGCGAUCUUCCUGCCUCUUUCGGCCAUUUGGGCCUCCGUCUCGACGAAUGAUCGCAACCGAGCCUCGCGCGGCCACGACGCCCACCACAAGCUGCUAGGCAACUACAGCAGCGACAGCGGCAUGAGCGACACGCGCAACAACUCGAGCUCGUCAACUCGUCCACUCACCGCUCGCCUGUCGCCUGCAUCCCACAAGACGAGCGAGACGUACACCACCUUCAGCGAAAAGAGGGAGGACAACCUGGCCUGAAGGGCGGCUCGGCAAGCGCAUGCACGCACGGGAACCUGCUCGAAUUAAGCAGGCAUAAACGAUGAUGGACAAUGGGCCGCGGCGGCUCAGCUCACAAGUGACAGUCGUCUUUCUUUCUCAGUCAUUGGCUUCUGCUUUGUCAUCCCCUCCACCAGUUCUGUCCUUCCACAUAGCAUUCCUUCUCUGGCGUUUCGAAUGCAUACUCCGUACACCUCUUCCGUAGCAAUCCAGGCCCCC